AUGUUUCGUAUUCUACGUAAUAUAUCGACUAAUAAGGUUGCAUUGACACAAUUGAAAAAGUUUGACUUUAAAGCACCUAAAAUGUGCAUUGAUCAGAAACCUGUCGUGCAACUGAAUUCAGUUGAACAAAAAGUAUGUCAAUUAUUGAUUGAUUUUACUAAUGACUACAAUUCUGAGCAGAAACCUACUGAACCAUUGGAAUUGAGAAUUACUGGUGGCUGGGUACGUGACAAGUUACUGGGUUCUGAAUCACACGAUUUGGAUAUAGCGAUAAAUAUUAUGUCUGGUGAAAAUUUUGCUACAAAGUUAAAUGACUUUUUACAGAUACAUUAUGAUAGAUAUAACUUAAAGCCACAUUCCAUUCAUAAGAUUGAUAAGAAUCCUGAAAAGUCUAAACAUUUAGAAACUGCUACCACGAAACUAUUUGAUGUUGAAGUUGAUUUUGUCAAUUUAAGAUCAGAAGAAUAUACUGAAAACUCUAGAAUUCCAACAGUUGAAUUUGGCACACCAGAACAAGAUGCCUUAAGAAGGGACGCUACUCUAAAUGCAUUGUUUUAUAAUAUUUCUAAAAAAGAGGUGGAAGAUUUUACCGGUAGAGGUAUUGAAGAUUUAUCUGCUGGUAUUUUAAGGACACCUUUACCGCCAAGGAAAACUUUCUUGGAUGACCCUCUACGUGUCUUAAGACUAAUUAGAUUUGCAUCUAGGUUUAAUUUUCAAAUAGAGGAUUCAGUGAAAAAUGCAAUGUCUGACAAAGACAUAAAUAAAGCCUUUUAUACUAAAAUUUCAAGAGAACGUAUUGGUGUUGAGAUGGAAAAGAUAUUUGACGGGAAAACUCCGUUAAUUGGUUUAUCCUUGAUACAAGAAACAUGUAUAGAUAAUGUUAUUUUCCACUGGCACAAUGACCAAUCGAUUAUUGAUUAUAAUGAGGAAAGUAAUCCACAACAAUUUGCAUUAAUUAACGAAAUAUAUGAUAAAAAUAUUCUAAAUGAUCACCUGUGGAAGGUAAUUAGUAUAGUUAAAGACAGAGAAUUAUUAUCAUUGCAACUUCCAACUUUAUUUGACAAAUUAGAUAACGAUCAAUCCUUUAAGAGGAUGUAUUUAUUAUCAUCUAUUCUUUUACCUUUCCAAAACUUAAUGAUUAUUUGGAAUCCUAAGAAAAAAAUGAAUAACACUAUCCCUGUAACUGAAAGCAUUGUUAAAGACGGUUUAAAAAUGAGCAAAAAUGAAGCGGUUGUUGUUUCACAGAUAGUUAAUGGUAUUGAAAGUUAUUAUGAAUUGGUAUACAAGUUCAAAAAUGAUAGAGUUUCAUUAAAACGCUCUGACAUUGGUAACUUUUUAAGAGAUUUUAAGGGAAACUGGGAAAUAGCACAUUACGUUUCUUUAUUGAACCAACUAUUAGCUAACAAUGAGGCCGCAAUGAAUGAUUACUCUCAUUUCUGGAAUUUUAUAUUUGAAGAAAAGCUAGAUGUGUGUCAUACUUUGAGACCGAUGAUUGAUGGGAAAAAAAUGGCAAAGAUUCUUGAUCUUAAGCCGGGACCAUGGUUGGGUAAACUUAAUGAAUACUCAGUUACAUGGCAAUUAGAUAAUCCAGAAGGUUCAGAAGAAGAAUUAUUGGAUCAUUUAAGAGAAAUUCUUCCAACAUUACUAUAA